AUGUAUGAUUAUUCAGCAAGCCAUGAAUUGCCGGAGAAUGGCUUAAUGCCGACAAUGAUAACAACAAUGCGUGAUCAUCAUGUCACAAAUAACGCCACUAAGAAUCGAUCCAACAACGACAACAACAACAACAACAACGACAACAACAACAACAACAGUGCAGCAACGAUACCGCCCACGCCGUCCGAAACUACUGCUACUACUAAAACGAUACCAUCGCUCACACCACCACCACCCACACCACCACCAAUACAACCUUCAAUCGAAUCCAAACCACCACCAAUAGAAUCCAAACCAAAUAAAUCUGAAUCAAAACCAACAUCAACAUCCAAAUCAAUUUACGAUGCAUCCCAAGAGCCAUUUGGACAAUCCUUCUCUAUCUGUCUCAAAUGGAUGGAUGAUUAUCGACAAUUGGGAGAAUGGUUGGCCUAUCAUUAUCAUGUAUUGCCACUUCGCUAUCUAGUCUUUUUCAAGGAUCCCAAAAGUACGACCGAUCCUUCUCCCAUACUCUUUGACAAAUGGGGAGACAAGAUUCAAGUGGAAUAUUGGACCAAAGAGUCGGAUUUCAUGACCAAGGAUCAACAAAAGACGAUUGACAACAUGUCGAUUGAAACCAAAAAGCAUCGUCGGGCACAACGAUACUUUUAUCAUGCCUGCAUCCAACACUUGCAUCAAAUGAAUCGGACGUGGACGUUAUUGAUCGAUACGGACGAAUAUUUGAUCCUCGAUUCGAGCAACAUACCAAACGUCCCCGAACGGCUCCAAACACCAGGAGCCGCCUUGGACGUCAUUCACAAAGUGCACGCCAACAAUGAUCCAACACUCUUUGUUGCAACUACUGCAACACAACAACCACAACCACAACCACAAAAGAUUCCCGAAAAGUGGUUUACGAAUUGUACCGUCAUGGCUCGCAAAGAAUACCCCGCCUUUGAAUCGUCCCGGGAAUCAGUACUAAUGGCGAUGACACAACAAAUCCCAGCAGGAUCCAGUAGUAGUACUAGUACUACUAGCAUUCUUAGUAGUAGCAAUGCUAUUGAUCCCUACCGUUUGACUACCUUACGGUUUCGACAUCGUGGACAAAAACUCAUUGGCAAGAGCAUGGUGGAUGUUUCUACUUUGGAUAUGAGCAAAAUUGGUUGGCGAGAUGUCUAUUCGCACAAUUUGUUGGAUUCUUGUUCCAAAGGAAACAACAAGGGUGAUUUGAUGUACGUCGGACAUUAUUUGGGAAGUAUGGAAGCCUAUCAACGACCUGCCGAUCGUCGAAAUGAUUGGAUGAAUCGUACCAAGAAAUUUUACAAACUCAAUGCCAAAAAUGAACCGUCAUUGGAAAUAGGAAAGGGAGAUGAAGAAGUACGACCCUGGAUUCAAGGAUUUGCAAAGAGUGUUGGAUUGGAACAAAUGCAAUAUUUGUUGCAAGAUGUGGGAUUCCCUUACAAUGCUUCGACUGCAUUGCAACAAUAUUGA